AUGGUAAGUGGAACGGGCCCAGCACCGAAUCAGGCCGACACGGUCGCAUUCUGGCGCAGCCUGUGGUCAGAGCCCGUAAACCACAUUGAGGGCCCUUGGAAGGAAGUUGUGGCGAGUCAGUGUCCGGGUAUGACGCCCAUGGACCCCGUCAUCAUAACGCCGGAUGACGUACCUGAGGCGGUCCGUAGGGCCCCGAACUGGAAAAGUCCGGGGCUUGACGGGCUGCAUCACUACUGGUUGAAGGGGUUCAUGGUGUUCACGCUGUGCUCGCCCGACAGUUUCAAGAGGCUCUCAACCAGAAGUCGCUCCCAAGCCUCUUCACUACCGGGAUCACUCAUUUGGUUCCUAAAGACCAGGGUACCACAGACCCGAGCAAAUACCGCCCCAUCACGUGUCUACCGACCAUAUACAAGACACUAA